AUGGAUAAGAAGACGACAAUCUACAUUGGAGCUAUGAUACCUGAUUUGGAGAGGAUGAAGAUGAUUAGAGGGAAGUUACCCAAGAAUGUUAGGGAAGACUUUACUAGUCAUUAUGGCAACAUCAUGGACCUACUAAGGAUAAAUGGACAAGUAGGGGCUAUCUUCGCCUUUACUCAAUUUUAUGAUCCUCCGUUGAGAUGUUUCACUUUCCAAGACUUCCAGUUGGCGCCUACACUAGAAGAAUUUGAGCAAGUUCUAGGAUUCUCCAAGAUAAAAGAAGGGCCCUACACAGAAAUUGGACGAGUCAUUGAAGUAGAAGAUUUAUCUAAAGCAUGGGGUAUACCAUUGGAGGGCCUUAGACUUCACUACAAAGAAGAGGUUAAAGUCCGAGGAAUCAAAAGGGAAUACUUAGAGUCCAAAGCUCUCUCCCUUGCAGACAAAGGUGAAUGGGAACCCUGUAGAGAUAUCUUUGCAUUAUUAAUCUUUGGUGUAAUUCUAUUCCCCAAUGUUAUGAGUUUCAUAGACUCAGACGCUGUUGGCAUAUUUUGGUCUGUAAAGGUCUUAGGCAAAGACCCUACUCAUGCUUUGCUCGCCAACAUAUACUAUGUUCUUCAUGUACAACACGGGAGAGGAGAAGGAGUACUACAAUGUUGCAUUCCUCUCUUAUAUUCAUGGCUUCUGUCACACCUUGGUAAGCAGAGAUAUAUGAUAAAAAACUUAACAAAAGAGGAGUGGUUGCAAAAGUCAAAGGCUCUCACUAUUGAGUCUAUUGUAUGGUGUCCUAAUAGGCUUGAAAUAAAGGAGGUCAUAUUUAACUGUGGAGAUUUCCCUAAUGUUCCUCUGAUUGAGACUCAGGCUUUCAUUAACUAUAACCCCACUUUGGCUUUACGGCAACUUGGGUACCCUUGGGAAAAUGCACCUUCUGAUGGACAGCUUCAACAGUUAAUCCUUCAUGAUAUGGGGUAG